AUCCCUAUUUUGAUAUGCUAAGUGUUAGGGUUAUCAGGCGAAGUCCGAAACUGAUUCAUAAUUUAUAUAUCGUGUUUGUCCCAGGGUUCACGACCCACUUAUUUUCAUCAAUGAGCAAUUCGCCCAAACCAAAAGUUUAUGUCACUCGCAGAGUUCCGCAAGAUGGGUUGGAGAUCCUGCGACCACAUUGUGACAUUACUCAGUGGGACAGCGAGAAACCCGUCCCCAGAGCUGAACUCAUUCGGCAAGUGGCCGGAAAGGAUGCAUUGUUUUGUUUGCUGACCGAUAAGAUUGACGCUGAAGUUUUGGACUCCGCAGGACCCCAGCUAAAAUGCAUCGGUACGAUGUCAGUUGGAUAUGAUCAUAUUGACAUGGCGGAGUGUCGAGCGCGGAACAUACCAGUGGGCUUCACUCCGGACGUACUGACUAACGCCACCGCUGAACUCACAGUCGGUCUUCUGCUUGCCACAUCCAGGAGGCUUAUAGAGGCCUCCAAAUCAGUUCGUGAUGGUGGAUGGGGAACUUGGGACCCAUUAUGGAUGCUGGGUCACGGUUUGGAGGGCUCUACGGUUGGGAUCGUAGGUCUGGGACGUAUUGGAAUCGCAGUGGCCAGACGACUGGCUCCGUUUGGUGUAAGUAAAUUUCUAUACAGUGGACAUAAUAGGAAAGAGGAGGCCUCGGAAGUAUCUGCAGAAUUUACAGAUUUUGACACUUUACUUGAAAAAUCUGAUUUUGUGUUGGGAUGUUGUGCGCUUACAAAAGAAAACCAAGAACUUUUUAACAAAAAUGCAUUUGAAAAGAUGAAAUCCAACGCGAUAUUCAUCAACACAAGUCGAGGUGGACUAGUAAAUCAGGACGACUUGUUCGACGCUUUGAAGAGCCGGCAAAUCGCAGCAGCAGGUUUGGAUGUGACGUCACCAGAACCCCUGCCGACUGACAGUCCGUUACUUUCACUUGAAAACUGUGUUGUUCUUCCGCAUAUUGGAAGUGCCACAGAGAGAGCGAGAGGUGCUAUGUCCGCGCUAACUGGACGAAAUAUUCUAGCUUAUUUACGUGGAGAAAGCAUGCCUUGUCAAAUAAAAUGAUAUAAUUAUUGACAAUAACAAGUUGUUAAGUUUAUUUUUCCCCUUCAACCAGUGCUUUGUACAUGUAGAG